AUGGCAACAUCAACAAUUGAAACACCUCAAAAAGGCACUUUUGCCCCCGUCUCCGGCGGAUCCCUAUACUACGAAACCAUCGGGAGAGGGCCGACUCUCGUCAUGAUGCCCGCCGGGCACGGCACAGGAGUGGUCUUUGAGCCUCUGGCCGCUAUCCUGGCACGUCACUUUCGAGUCAUCCUCUACGACCGUCGGUACUUCUUUCGCAGUUGCAAGUGCGAUCCGACCGACCGGGCGAAAAAUCAGAGUAUUCUCAAAACUCAUGCCGAGGACGCAGUGGCGUUGAUCUCGCACGUGUCGCCUGGAAUUCCGGUAUACCUAUUCACAACGUCCAGUGGAGCACCGAUUGCAGCAGAACUGCUAUAUUCGCGACCGGAGCUGAUUCAAAGUCUGAUAAUGCACGAGGCGUCGUUUUUCUCGCUGCUCCCGUUGCCUGUGCAUGAGCAAUACCGUAAGGAUCUGGUGGAUGUGUGGUCGAAGGGACACCAGCUGGGGGAGGUGAGCUUUAAUUUGCUGAUUGUGUACUGGGUUCAUCGGAGCGAGGAAUUGAAGCGAUUAAAGAACACUCCAACCUACCGACGGUUGGCCUCGUUGCCGCGAGAGGCGCAAUUCAAAUGGCUGGCGAACGAGUUGCCGGAGGUUCUCGAGUAUGAAUUCGAAAUGGACAGAAUGCGACCGUUCCGGGAUCGCCUUAUUUUGAUGCGUGGCUCAUAUAACUCACCCGACGCCGCAGUCGGGCCGGUGACAAGACUAUCGGAUGCAUUGGGGGUUACCUUGGGCGUCGUGCCGGGCGGACAUGAAGGAUAUGUGACGGAUUAUCGCGAGUUUGCUGAAUUUCUGAUCAGGGAGUCGAGGGAAGAUCGAGCCCGGUUGUGA